AUGUAGACCAAUUAUGCAGUUCACUAAAGAUGGAGGAUUGUCGAUGCACUUUCAGUGGAGUGCCUUGAAGUCUCUUCCCCAAAGCAACCUCCCUCGAUCUCGAUGCAAGCAUGCCUGCUGUCUCCACAGAGAUAAUGUCUAUGUUGUUGGAGGCAAAGAUGGAAAUGUUGCUCUCAAAGAAAUAUGGAGGUUUCAUAUUGGUAUUCAUCAAUGGGAAAAGCUGACUUACAGAGGAGACAGUCUGCCUAUCCUUGAGGGACAUACUCUGGUAGCACAUAAAAAAUUACUGCUGCUGUUUGGUGGAGGCUUUGAACAUGAUCUGACAGAGUCUUGUUUAUGGAUCAUUAACCCUGAUCUGCAGCACAUUAGGCGCCACUGGGUUGAGACGUAUGCCUCCCAUCCUGGUGUACGACGCCAUCAUUCUGCAGUACUGUACAACCAUGACAUGUAUGUCUAUGGUGGCCAUGUUGACAUUAAAGGAUCUCAGUCUGACCUCUGGGUUUUCCAUACAGAGGAGGAAGAAUGGGAACAGGUGAUCCCUCGUCAGCCCCCGAAUACAAUUCCUGAGGGUCGACAUGGUCACACUGGUGUGGUGUAUGGACGUGACAUGUGGGUCCUCGGAGGUCUUACUCACCUGAAUAUACCAAAAACUGACUUCUGGAAAUUUAGUUUUCAUACUGAAAGAUGGGAAAGAAUCAAACACAAAUAUGGACCUCCUCAUCUCUUUGGACACUCAGCUUGUGUGAUAAAAGACAACAUGAUUGUUUUUGGGGGACAGAGUGUUGGAUCACUUGUGAACUCUCUGUGGGUAUUUAAUUUCUGUUCAUCCCGUUGGACAUGUGUCAAUCUACAAGGUCCCAUGCCAUCUGGUCGUGUCUGGCACUGCGUCAUUCCAGUUACUGCCAUGACACUUCGCCCUGAUCAUUCUAUUAGAACCAGUUCUGUGCCUUAUCUUAAAAACAAAAAGGAAGGAACCAAGCUGAAACGUCCAAAAAGUAGUCCGGCGUAUUCCUCCACACGAAACAGAGUCCGUCCAGAUUUGAAUCAAAACAGUGAUAGUAAAGAUUUUGUGUCUGCUCAACUUAUGACACGCCCCAUUAGUCCAGGCUCACGAGAUCUGAAAUUGCCAAUUGUCAUGACAACACCUCGUGAUAAACAGAAGGAGGACACGUCACCUCUUUUGAACAAUCGUCAAUUAUCUUGUAACAGUGUGACUUCAACAGGCAGUCAGGGAAAAGGGGUUGAUAAUCCUGCUCUAGAAAGAGAAUGUAGCUCAGAAAAAGAAUCUGAUGUCACAGAAAUUUUGGAACUUCAUAAUUUCCAGGAAAUGGAAAGUCCGGAAUUUUCAGGUGGGAAAACCUUAGGACAAGGUUCAAAGUGUUUACAAGAAGAGGGAAAUGCAGGAGGGAUUGAAAGACAGGGUUUACAACAUAACCCUCUAGAAAUUGCUAAAAAUAGAUAUUCCUCAAGAUAUGAGGUAAAAGAAAACAUGAUUCCUGGACAAGUGAAGGACUCUCCUUCCAAGCGAUAUAAGAAAAAACAGAACCAACGUCAGGGAAUAUUUGUAGAAUUGAAGGAGUUGGGUAAAUUUCAUAAUUUAGCAUCUUCACAAGAACUUGUGGUAGAAGACCUAGAAUGUGUUGAGCAUUGUUUCUCAGAAGUAAGAAACGUUAAUUCAGCAUCAAAAAAUCCAUUCUUGGACCAAACUAUGAACUGCAAACAAAAUGGUGGUAGUUUGUCUAACUUAAAUUUCGUAGAAAUGAAAACUGUUACGUCUAGUGACAGAAACUUUGUAGGGGAUACCUCCGGAGCUGUAGAAUCUAGAUCUUCAUCAAUGUCAAAUAUCUGUGAAACAAGACUAAUUGGUGUAAACUUGGAUUCUUCACAGCAGAAAUCUAGCAGCUUACAUGUGAUACCUCCCAGGAAAAAUGGUAUGCAGUGUUGGGAAGCCAAGGAUGAUAGAACUCUACCUCCAUUGUCAGAUAGCAAGGACAGUCAGUAUAAGGCCAAACAAUCUGGCCGUAAGCCAAGUGAUAAAAGUCUGGAGACUUCCAUCAAACAGGAGGUCAGUUAUUAUGUUGAAAUGGAGGGAGAUGUGUUGUUCUAA